CGAACUGCAGCCAUCCAUGCGAUGAAGGGUCGAAAACGGUUUGCGUUGGGCGUUGCACUACAAACUUAUCAGCAGAUUUGCCAUGCCGGUCGUCAAGCGGAAGCCACGGCGCGCCACUCUCUACCAAGCGUUGGUCGCAGGGGACACCAUGGUCCCGCAGGUCCGUAAGUCCCCGCGCGCCAAACCCAAACGUCUCAAGUCGAAAAAGGUUGCAUCGACCCGACAUGUUCAACAGAGGCCGAAGAAGCAAGAGGCAAGACGUGCGAUAUCGUGGCAGCCGCAGGUCGAUGACAAUGGCAAAGGUGGUCGAGGCGUUAAGCGAAGCGGUGCCAACGAGGACAUGACAUGCUUUCAAGUCGCCGUGGCCAUCGUUGCCGAGCUUCUUGGCGUCGUGCCAACUUGGAAGGGAGAGCCGACCAACGCAUACAUUCGCAGCAAGGGAUUUGAUCCCGCCGAUGGCAUGCCCACGAAGAUCUCCAAGAGUUACGUCGACUUUUUGCGGAAAAAAUUCGGGUUCAACAUCGACAUGCCCGAGUACGACUACAAUCGCAUGCGAGGGCCUCGGGGCGCUGGCCAGCCAAUCAAGAACACGAAGCAACCUGUCGAAGACGUCAAGCGAGCGAUUGAAGCUGACGGCGUCGAUGAAGCUGACGGGGUGUACCUUGUGACAACGAGCGAAUCGUGUAUUUUACAUACAUUCGUCGUCGAAUGGCAGGAAGGCUCGGGCACGUUCUGGGACGACGAAGGAAUCGGUGAGCAGCUCGACGGGAUGGAGAUUCCACCUAUCAAGUUCGUGCGCAGGCUACGUCUCAAAGCCAUGGCACCGUAGUGACAUGCUAAAAUCCAAAUUGAAUCGUGUAUUUUUAGUGUUA